UACAGUAGGACGACUCUGAACUUCUCUGCUAUGCUUGGAAUAUACAAAGACGUCAGCAUUACCCACAAUCAAUUUGGCCUCAUUGGGUCUAUGGUUUUUCUUGGUCAAGUGGCGUUCCAGCUUCCAGUGAUUUUCUUUCUGCAACGGUUUCCUCUUUCCAAAAUGGUGGGCGUAGCAAUGCUUUGUUGGGGAGUAAGCCUGGGCGGAACAGCGUUUACGAACAGCUUUGCGCAGCUGGCUACAUGUCGGUUUCUUUUGGGCGGGUUCGAAGCGUUUACGUAUCCUUCGCUUUAUCUGUUUAUCAAAACACAUUAUCGUCGGUUGGAACAAGGAACUUACCUCGCACUGAUCUCCGAAGGUUUGUGCAUAAGUGGCAUAUGCGGGACUACGGACAUUAACGCCUUUUAUAUUUGUAUCACAGAAGCUGGAUUCAUGCAUGGUCGCGGUAACUGGGCAUGGUGUAUGCUUGUGUUUGGCGCCGCUGCUGUUUGCUUCAGCGUUAUUGUUUUCGUGUUGUUACCUGACACGCCGUAUAGCAAGCGCUUUCUUCUUACGCCUGAUGAAAAGGGGAUUGUUGCGGAACGAAUCGCUGACAAUAAGGUAUCACGCAUCACUAACAUACGAUGGCCCCAGAUAAUCGAGUCCUUGAAGGAGCCGCGUUAUUACAACAGUUUGCUUUUGCUUUCCUUUCUUUCAAACCUGUCAAACGGUGCUAUGAGUGUUUUUCGCUCGCAGCUUUUCAACGAUCUUGGCUUCUUGAGAUUGGACUCUAUUCUCUUAAAUAUCCCUUCAAGCGUCUACGAGCUUAUCAUCCUCAUCAUCUUUAUCUUCACUAAAACCAGAAUCCGCUGGUGUAGUAACCACGUCGCUUACAGCAGUGCAUUAUUUACCAUCAUACCAGUUGUUGCCGUUAUCGUACUGAGGACAGUUCCUGCAGAUAAGGUUCCUAUCGUUUGCCUUUUUGCGAUUUAUCUUACUGCACCGGGUUAUGCCACUCUCGGUGCUCAAGUACUUUUAUCUUCCAACGUGGCCGGGAGAACUAAGAUGAUCUUUUACAGCACCAGUAUUACGUUCAGUAAUACUUUGAGUCAUUUCACUAGACCAUUGAUGAUGGCCGGCCGAGAAGCUCCGUCUUACCCAAGCGCCUUAACUGUAUUUAUCGUGGCGGACGGCCGGGGUACAACUGUAGCUAUCUUGCUUUUCAUAUACAUCGGAUGGUCAUUCCAGAGCGAGAACCGAAAGCGUGACCGAAAACAACUGGAGCUCGACGACCAAGGCGUACAUAUAAAACACCAUGCUGCUGCUGCUGCUGAUGAUGAUGAUUAUGAUGAUGAUGAAAAUCUAACAACGUUCAACUAUCGCAUCUCAGAUAUGAUAUAG